ACCACGGUUUAAAUUUCUUCGCAGGCUGAGAAGUACUUCUCGUUAUAAAGCACGGUUUCGUGUUCAAUACAGCUCUUAUUUACAUACACGACAAGAACCGCAAGAACUGCGACUCGGAGCAGAGGCUGAACAGAAUUCGACAAACAAAAUUUUCAACGUUUUUCCCAACGCCAGAAGUUAACAAGAAGACAAGAUUACAGUUUUCAGAGCUACUCUAGGACUUCGAUGUAUUUCUCUAUUUUGCUGUCCUUCGUAAUUUGUUUAACUGUCUCCAAAGGAGACUUGACGACCUCAGAAUCAGUAGAACAUGGAAACCUUGAUGUGACUGCCAAACACAUGCUGGAUGAAAUCCAUCUCCGGAUGAAAAGAAGCGAAUUGGAACAAUAUUUUGGAGUAAGCUCGCACGAGGAAGUACCACUGUACGAUGUCACUUCUCCGUUCCAAGUUGAUGAGGAAAACAGAUUUCUCUCAGAAAGUCUCCAUACUCACGCCAGGCAGAAGAGAAACGCCGAGGAUCCUCGUGCGUGGUAUUUCAAUGUCAAAGCCUUCGGAAGGUCACUGCAUCUCAACCUCACAAUGAACCAAGAUCUCAUGUCACCAUGGCUAACUGUUGAGCGACACGAAAAUGGAACAGUGACAGCUGAGGAACCACCCAAGAAUUCCUUCUUAGAUGGUCACGUGAUUGGAGAAUUUGGCUCUUCGGUUGCAGUUAGUAAUAGAGGAGGACUGACAGGUCUAAUACAACUUUUGGACCAGUCUCUUUUCCUUCAACCACUUCCAAGUCAUCUUUUAUCAGACAGUAAUUCCAAAAGUCACUUAGUCAUCAAGCGCUCGAUUGACGAUGAGGCUAUGGAAAACGAGUUUCAAGAAAAAUUAUCAGGAAGUGGUACUGAGUGGAAAGAGCCCAGUUUUGACGAGGAUUCUCUGAAAUUUGCGAAAGUCAAACCUAAUGAUGCCGGACAAUUCUUUCUCGAGAUGACAAUGGUAGCUGAUAAAAGUAUGAUUGCAUUUCAUGGCGACGACACCGCAGAUUAUCUGCUUAAGCUGGCACAUAUGGUAAAUGCCUUUUAUCAUCAUGAAAGUAUUGGUCAGAAAAAAAUUACCAUCACCAUCGUGCAGAUUAAACUUGUACAGGAUGGGCUUAAGUAUUCAGGGGGUAGCAAUGAUGCUAAGAUGGCGGCUCUCAAGAAAUGGGCGGCAGACGCUAAAAUUCCAAAACUGGAUUCUCAAAGAGACCAUCCUGACGUCAUAUCUCUGAUAAGUCGGGGAAGUUCAGGAGGCUUGGCGAGUUUUAAUUCAAUAUGCAAAGGCAGUUUCAGUUAUACCGUUAAUAACGGUGCAAUGGGCUUUAACACGCGCCUCAUUCUAGCACACGAAAUUGGGCACACGCUUGGUUUAAAUCAUGACUCCGCUGAUGGCUGCCCCGACGCAACAUAUAUUAUGUCUACCGCGGUACCUGGAGGGAAGUAUGCGGGCACAUGGUCCUCUUGCAGUAGGAAAUAUGUUCAAGAGUUACUAGGAACUGCCCCGAAGUGCCUAAUGGAUGGAAGAUCCCGCAACAUAAAUUACCUGAAGUACUUCCGUGGGAAGCUCCCAGGAAGAGUGAUAUCUGGAGAUGAGCAGUGUAAAGAGCAAUAUGGCGAAGGUGUUUUUCAGUGUAAACAAGCACUGUCUAACUGUGGCUCCCUGUAUUGCACACACAACGGCUUCUCCUGCUUCAGUAAAGUCGCUCCACCAUUGGAUGGGACACCAUGUGCAUCUAGACAUUGGUGUAUAGCUGGUGAUUGUGUUUUCGACGGUUCAGAAGUUGUAGAUGGUGGUUGGAGUGAAUGGAGUAACUAUGAUCCGUCUACUUGUUCCCGCACAUGUGGAGGAGGAGUCUACUUCAAAACACGAACCUGUACAAAUCCACGCCCCCAAAAUGGAGGAAAAGACUGCAUAGGAGAGAAUCGAGGAUAUCCAAAGGUCUGCAAAAGAAAGGUGCCAUGUCCUUCAGGUGCAAUGGACUUCCGACUUGCUCAGUGCCACGCUAUAAAUAAACAAUAUACGAUAUUCUACAGGGGAGGAGCCGAGGCAUGCAAAUUAUUUUGCCGCCACGGAUGGUCAUAUUCACCACGAGGCCUUGUAAAAGAUGGAACAAGAUGCGAAAAUGGUGCAUCAAAAAGCCGGGAUAUGUGCAUUGAAGGAAAAUGCAAUCCCGUUGGUUGUGACGACGUGGUUGGAUCUCAAAGUGCGGUUGAUCGUUGUGGAGUUUGUAAUGGAGAUAGCACCUCAUGUAGAGCAGUAAAAAAACAAUUCACUACUUAUUGGGAAAAAAAGGGACCUGAAAAUGCGGCAUUAGCUUGUUGGAUCCCAAAAAGGUCUAAAGAGAUUUGGGUUUUCGAGAUGGCUGUUGACAAAAACAACAUAGGUGUACAGAACAUGAAAAAAAAGUAUUUGUUAGAGCCCGUACCAAAACAAACGCAAACAAUCAAUGCAGCUGGAAGCACUAUUACCUAUGGAAAACGCAGUGGAAAGGAAUAUAUUCACAUUCCUGGCCCAAUAAACACACCUCUGCGUUUUAUGUUUAUACUCAACGGUCAAAAAAACAAAGGAGUUGAAUGCAGAUACUUGAGUCCCUAUAAAUCAGAGGUUACUGGAGCCGAUGUCGGAUGGGUUGUCGACGAGAAAUAUGGCUGGUCAGCCUGCUCCGAGACCUGCGCCGGAGGAAAGAAAACGCGGAGAGUGAAGUGCAUGAGGAAGGAUGACAAAUCAGCUGUUGCGGACAGUGUCUGUGAGAAGGGAGGACUUGAGAAACCCGAAGAUGAGAUGCCGUGUAACACACAAGAGUGUCCAGUAGAAUGGCACGUGACUGGAUGGAGCUCCUGUUCCAAAACCUGUGGACAUGGUGUAGCGAAACGUAGCCUGUCUUGCAGAAAGAAGUACAAGAACCCUGGAGGAUACAAGAAACUGGAUUGGAGCAGCUGCAAGGCACCUAAGCCAACACCACUAAUUAAACCUUGUUUUAAGGAGGCGUGCGGACCGGAAUGGAUUCCAUCUAAGUGGGGAAAGUGUUCAAAGACCUGCAUAGGUGGCAUUAUGAAACGCAAUUUAAGCUGCGGGAGGCCGCUCGGUGAUGGAAACUACCACCCAUUGUCAGAAGGCUUCUGCCGAUACUCCGUCAAACCGCCAGUAAAAGAGAAGUGCAACGAGGAUAUUUCCUGCUCUGUUCUUCCAGUUCAAAAAUACAGAUCACUGGGUUGUUACAGAGAAAAUACACAUAAGCGCCUCCUGCCACUUCUGGAACACAAUUUCCGUUCCGGUGGCAUCAAAUGGAACGCAAUAGAAACUGUAGUGGAAAAGUGCUACCGUGAGGUCGUUGAACGCACAAAUUACAAGGUGUUUGGAGUGAAAUUCUAUGGUGAAUGUUGGGUCGGUAAGAUGCCGAGCUCCCAUUUCAAGACCGUCCUUACACAGUGCUAUGAACAUGCAGUUGGGAAGGCUCAUACUUACUACAUUUAUGAAAUUUUGUAGAUAACAGAAGUAAUCGGUCACAAACAUCAUUAAAGAAAGGUCUUCCUUUUAUAAUGUCAGCUUACAGUGGAAUCCUGAUACAGCAAACAACAUCCUGAUGUAAAGAAUCCUCUUUAUAUUGAUGAGUCUGAUAAGAAAAACCUAUCCUAAAAUAAUAAAUAAUCCCUUCCUUAUAUAACGAACAUCCAGACAUAAAAAACCCACUCCUCUACCACUAACAGCUAUUCGCCAAAGUAGAGAUGGCUAGUGGUAGAUAUUUAGCAAGCCGCGAAGCGAUGAGUUAAAUAUCCUCCGCUAGUUGUUUUAGUAUACACUAAACUUAGUAUAAACUUAAGAGUUAUCUGAGAAAUUGGCUCAAAGCAUAGUUAUGUCCAAGAAAAUAAACUGCAUUCUAUUAUUAUCACUAUAGAGAGCUCUGACAAAAUAAAAACUGUAAAAAUGACAACAAACGGUUCCAGGAGGUCUGAACAUUCUGAACAAUCACGCAAGCGUGCAAGCAGCUAAAAUACAUUUUAGCUCUCAAAAAUCCACAUUUUAGCCAAAUGACAAAUGAUAAGGUUGCUUUUAUUUAGAACAUUAGAUCGAGUUUAGCAUCGAUUUGGACGUCACGGAAAACAAACUUACGUUCAUCUGACGAGAGGUUAUUUAAAAAAAACCCAAUAUAUUGGCAGAUCCUAAGGCCACCCAAUAAAAUGACUCUCAUAAUAUAACAAACAUCCCAGCAUAACUAAACGCAAUGUACCGACCAUCCCUGUGUUACAAACCCGCUGCGCAGCAAAACCGCACCGUUAAAAGACCAUAAAUUAUAUGACGAAAAUCCUAUAUUGACAAUGAACCCUCUCGUGACAAAACUCGGUAUUGCAGCCCUUUAUAUAACAGAUACUUCUAUAGUAAGAAAGGGACAACGUGUUGAGACAAAUGUAACAUGAUGUCCAAAAGAUAACCUCGGUGUGGCUUUAUAGGAUUUUUUAU